CGCAGGGAUGGGAAGGGGGGGGGAGGUGGUUUUGGAGGUGUCGGCGGGGAUAAGGCCAGCCUCGGGGCCCCCGGCUUGGCGACCAAGGCUCGGCCGAGCGCCACUGCCCUCCUCGGCCUCCACUUUCCUUUUCCCAGCCUGUCUCUGCAACAGGAAUCACGUGAGGAAGCGGAGGAGGCAGAGAGAGAGAAAGGCACAGGGAGGGAGAGAGACAGCCAGCCAGCCAGCCAGCCGGGGGCUCCCCUAGAGAUAGGGAAAGGUCGUCCCCAGCAGUCAGGUGACUGGCGCUGCUUCCCGGUGGCUCCUCCUGCCAGGCCAAAGCCCAGGCCUUCUUCCCUGCCCUCGCCCCCGGGAGCCCCCUUUCCCCUCCCUCUUUCCCGCUUCUGCGCCAUGGAGGUGUUCAUCCCAUCGUUCCGCUACGAGGAGAGCGAGUUGGAGAGGGGCUACACGGUCUUUAAGAUAGAGGUACUAACAAAUGGAAGAAAACACUUUGUUGAAAAGAGGUAUAGUGAAUUCCAUGCUCUCCACAAAAAGCUGAAGAAAUUCAUAAGAACCCCAGAAAUUCCUUCAAAGCAUGUGAGAAACUGGGUGCCCAAAGUCCUGGAACAACGUCGUCAAGGCUUGGAAGUUUAUUUACAGAGUAUUAUUUUGGAUAAUGAAGAGCUUCCCAAAAUUUUUCUUGACUUCCUCAACGUGCGUCAUUUUCCUUCUCUCCCCAAAGCAGAAAGUUGUGGUUCUUUUGAAGAAACAGAAUCAGAAGAAUCAAGCAAACUGUCCCACCAGCCUGUGCUGCUGUUCCUAAGGGAUCCAUAUGUCUUGCCUACAGCCAAUGAUGACUUUCCAAAUGUAGUUAUUGAAGGUGUUCUUCGUGGAUUGUUUUAUUCUCACCUACAACCAAGGUAGAAAAUGGAUUUCGACAUAGAGAGUAACGAAAGUACAUUCAAAUUCCGCUCCUUGAGCUCAAUUUUUAGUAAAACUCAAAACAGUGGGAUGUGGAAACACUUAUAUUUAAUGAUGGAACUCCUUUUAACAUCUAUGUGUCACUAAUAGGGCUGCUUUAAAAAUUAUGAAUGGACAAAAUGGCAACUCUGAUUAAUUUAUUUACUGAACUCUAGAUAUUGAAAUAAAACUACUGACAGUCAUAUACAGUAGAGUCUCACUUAUCCAACAUAAACGGGCCGGCAGAACAUUGGUUAAGCAAAUAUGUUCGAUAAUAAGGAGGGAUUAAGGAAAAGCCUAUUAAACAUCAAAUUAGGUUAUGAUUUUACAAAUUAAGCACCAAACAUCAUGUUAUACAACAAAUUUGACAGAAAAAGUAGUUCAAUACAAAAUAAUGCUAUGUAGUAAUUACUGUAUUUAUGAAUUUAGCACCAAAAUAUCAUGAUUGAUUAAAAACAUCGACUACAAAAAUGCAUUGGAUAAUCCAGAAUACUGGAUAAGCGAGAGUUGGAUAAGUGAGACUCUAAUGUACUGAGUAUUACACUAAUAACAUUCAUCAUAUAUUUUAUUUUAUUAUUUUUUGGUAAUAAAAUGACUACAUAAAGCAUUUUUUCUCGAUGUAGUAUCCACUGCUGGCAGUGGGUGCUCAUGAAAUUCUAGUGUGCAAGACUGAAAUAAUAUAAAGCUUAAGAAACAAACUGCCAAAACUGGAAAUGCAAUAUAAGCUAAUUGUAUCUGUAUUUCUGAUGUCACAUAUCUGCAUUAUGGAAGAUGGAGGGAAAUGUUUAAAGGCCUGAAACUGGGUUCAAAUAUAACUUUAAUUUACUUCAGGACCCUGGCCACAAUCCUUGUGCUUCCAGAUAACACGAUAUGCUUGUUUAGCAUAACAUCCCCAUGUGAAUUGAUCUACAUCAUUCCGUAAAUGAAAACAAGUUUGCAAACAAUAAUCUUGUCAUUGCUCAGAGAUCAACUGUCUAAAUGAAACUAAGCAUAUGAACCAGAGUCCUGUUGGGGAGCUACAUCUUUGUAAGUGGACGUAACAGAGCCGGUGAAGUGACAAUUGUACAAUGGGACUGAUGCACAAAGGGACAGUCUCACAAUGAGAUGUGUGUGGCACUGGUCCCGAUGCUCAUUGUGUUCCAACACUCUUUGGGCACUAAUGCUCAUUGGGAACUCUUGUUGGCCUCCUGUUAAACUUCAUCACAAUUCAGUUACAGGGUUUCUUAGCUUCUGUGCUACAUAGCUGAGAUAUGGAAAAUUACAUAAUGUAGAUGAUGAUGAUAGAAAUCCAGCAAUGUUUAUAAUAUAUUAAAACUCAAAAUAAAACAUUAAUAUCAA